AUGAAAGCUGGUGUCGCGGCCUUGCUGCCGCUGCUUGCGGCCGCGUCGCCCGUCUUCAACGUCGGCACCGUCCACAACGAUGCAGCUCCCAUCAUCUCCUCGGUUGACUCCAAGGCUGUUCCUGACUCGUAUAUUGUCGUCUUCAAGAAGCACGUCAAGCACGCUGAUACGGCGGCCCACCACUCCUGGGUCCAAGACAUCCACACUGCGAGCGAGCAGCAGAAGACGGAGCUGCGGAAGCGUUCGCAGUUCCCCAUGACCGACUCUGUCUUUGAGGGUCUGAAGCACACAUACAACGUUGCCGGCGGUCUGCUGGGCUACUCCGGCCACUUCGAUGAGGAUGUCAUCGAGCAAAUCCGGAGACACCCUGAUGUUGACUACGUCGAGAAGGACUCUGAAGUCCACACCCUGAAGGAGGACCACGAGACCGAGAAUGGCGCCCCCUGGGGUCUGGCUCGUAUCUCCCACCGCGACAGCCUCGGCUUCGGCGAUUUCAGCAAGUACCUCUACACGGCCGACGGCGGCGAGGGCGUUGACGUCUACGUUAUCGACACUGGUACCAACACUGAACAUAAGGACUUCGAGGGCCGUGCCCACUGGGGCAAGACUAUCCCCGUUGGUGAUGCCGACGAGGAUGGCAACGGCCACGGCACCCACUGCUCCGGCACGGUUGCUGGUAAGAAGUAUGGUGUUGCCAAGAAGGCCAACGUCUACGCUGUCAAGGUUCUUCGCUCCAACGGCUCUGGUACCAUGUCCGAUGUUGUCAAGGGUGUCGAGUACGCCGCUGAGCAACAUGCCGCCACUGUUGAGGCUGCCAAGAACGGCAAGAAGAAGGGCUUCAAGGGCUCUACUGCCAACAUGAGCUUGGGCGGUGGCAAGUCCACCACCCUUGAUCUGGCUGUCAAUGCUGCUGUCGACGUCGGACUGCACUUCGCUGUGGCUGCUGGUAAUGACAACGCCGAUUCCUGCAGAUACUCCCCUGCCGGUGCGGAGAAGGCCGUCACCGUCGGUGCCUCUACCCUAGCUGACGAACGUGCUUACUUCUCCAACUACGGCAAGUGCAACGACAUCUUUGCACCUGGUCUCAACAUCCUGUCUACUUGGAUCGGCAGCCCCUAUGCCACCAACACGAUCUCUGGUACCUCGAUGGCCUCGCCUCACAUUGCUGGUCUCCUGGCCUAUCUGCUUUCUCUCCAGCCUGCUUCUGACUCCGCCUACGCUGUUGCGGACAUCACUCCCGCUAAGUUGAAGAAGCACUUGAUCUCUAUCGCCACCAAGGGUGCUCUCUCCGAUGUCCCCAGUGACACCACCAACCUCCUUGCGUGGAACGGUGGCGGAUCCGGCAACUACAGUGACAUCAUCCAGAAGGGUGGCUACACCGUCAAGUCUGCUAAGAAGAUUGAUGUCUCUCUUCCCUCCAUCGACGAGGUCGAGGAGGACAUCAAGGGAGAGUUUGAGACAAUUGGCCGCAAGGCUCAGGCUGGCUCUGCCAAGCUUGAAAGCAAGGUCGAGAAGCUCGCCGAGAAGUUCGAGGACUUCGUCGCUGACGAGAUGGAGGAGUUCUUCGAGGAGUUCAAGCACCGCAUGGAGGCCGACCGCGCCUCUGCGUAA